GCUCAUCAGGCUCAUCUCGAGAACGCUUCGAGCAAUGGCGAGUAAUGUGAACGAGACUGCGAUCCCAAAGGAGGAACUCGCUGCAAUGCUUCAACUGAGCUAUGUCUACUCAUACUGCGCCGUUGCGAUAGCUGCGCUUAUCUUCUUCGAUUACGCCGCGACUGUACCCCAAGAAGCCAUCCUCGUGUGGUCCAAGCCAACCAACAAAUUCUCCUUUCCCUCGAUCUUAUUUCUUCUAAAUCGUUAUCUGCUUUUGGUCAUGGGUAUCUCGUUAAUCCUAAUAACGUUUUGGUGGGAUACGUCUCUGGAGUACGUCGUUUAAUCUUCAAUGUAAACACCAUCAAUAGCGAGAGGGUCCUUUGGAUAGGUGUGCAGCUACUAGCAACUUGCAAAUUAUGACCACCGUAUUGUUAGAACUGGUGAUAGCAAGUGUGUGCCUUCUCGGGGUCACCCUCACCGCAUUCAACAGCUUAUAUACCUCCCUAGUCUCGUCCGCUUUGCGUGUCUAUGCGUUCAACGAGAGGAGAUGGAUACCCG